GUGCGGCCGCGGCGCCGCCAACCCGUGUGCGACCUAUCGCUCCAGCCUGCCGCCCGCGGUCCCGCGCGCGGGUCCUCCAGCCGGCAGCCGAACCCUUCGCGCGCCGCCCGUGCCCUUGUGAGGCUGGCAUGCAGGAUGGCAGGACAGCCCAGCCCCAUGUCCCACGGAGGGAGCCCGAACAACCCCUGCCACACCCUGGGGCCCGCACAUCCUCCUGACCCACAGAAGCACCUGAACGCCCUGUCUUUUCGCUGCUCACUGGCAGACUUCCAGAUCGAGAAGAAGAUCGGCCGAGGGCAGUUCAGCGAGGUGUACAAGGCCACCUGCCUGCUGGACAGGAAGACGGUGGCUCUGAAGAAGGUGCAGAUAUUUGAGAUGAUGGACGCCAAGGCCAGGCAGGACUGCGUCAAGGAGAUCGGCCUCCUGAAGCAACUGAACCAUCCGAACAUCAUCAAGUAUUUGGACUCGUUUAUCGAGGACAAUGAGCUCAACAUCGUGCUGGAGCUGGCUGACGCGGGCGACCUCUCACAGAUGAUCAAGUACUUCAAGAAGCAGAAGCGGCUGAUCCCCGAGAGGACGGUGUGGAAGUACUUCGUGCAGCUGUGCAGCGCCGUGGAGCACAUGCACUCCCGCCGGGUGAUGCACCGAGACAUCAAGCCUGCCAACGUGUUCAUCACAGCCACGGGCGUCGUGAAGCUCGGUGACCUCGGCCUGGGCCGCUUCUUCAGCUCCGAGACCACUGCAGCCCACUCCCUGGUGGGGACACCAUACUACAUGUCACCAGAGAGGAUCCAUGAGAACGGCUACAACUUCAAGUCCGACAUCUGGUCUCUGGGGUGUUUGCUGUAUGAGAUGGCUGCUCUCCAGAGCCCCUUCUACGGAGAUAAAAUGAACCUCUUCUCCCUCUGCCAGAAGAUCGAGCAGUGUGACUACCCGCCUCUCCCUGGGGAACAUUACUCCGAGAAGUUACGCGAACUGGUCAGUAUGUGCAUCUACCCCGACCCCAACCAGAGACCUGACAUCAGCUACGUGCACCAGGUUGCCAAACAGAUGCACGUGUGGACCUCGAGCACCUGAACGUGGACGCGGCGUGCCUUAUCAGUGCCAGCACCACUCUGCCUUACUUGAGUCUCCUCUCCUAAGUGGCCACCUGGUAGCCUAGAUCACCUGAGAGGCUUCAGCGCGUCCCCCAAGGGGGAGGGGCUUUACAGCAGACUCUGGAUGCAGAGCAUCUGGGGGAGGGGCACUGGUCUUGUUACUGGUGAUCAAAUCCAAAAGUCCUUUCUUUAAACUGUUGUGGACAGUCUCGGCUGGGCUAACCAAGGGUGCGUGGCUCAGUGAGCCAGUGAUGCACCAUUUCUAUCUGGACUGUAAUGUGAAUCUUCAGGAUAAUUCCUUCAGUGACUGGUCAAGGUUGAUACUAACAAUUCCAGGAGACUGUGUGAUUUGUAGUGAGCCUUUGGAAAUGGCUGGUAACAAGUUCAGUUUAGCUCUUAGAGUCUUUUUAAUCAAGCUGUGUGCUUAAUUUACUCUGUAGUAAAGGGAUAAUGUGGGCAUAAUUUUUUAAAGUAGAGGGAGAUUUUCCUAAUAUUUUUAUCUGUUUAUCAAUCAAUGAAUGAGGAUGAGAACCCAGCACCAGGCACAGAGCUUCGGGAGACAGUAUUUGGAAGGCAUGAGUCUGCUCUACCAGGUACUUCACCACCUGUCUGAAGCUGGCAGUUCGUUUAAGGAUCAGUAUUAAACAUCUUCCUCUGUGGGAAGGAAGAAUGGGAUAUAAAAAUACAAACACAAAACAUGCCUUCAGGCUGUUCUCUGUACACGUUCUGGUUUGGCAACUUCCCAUGAUGACCCUUGGCAAGUUUCUUAGCCUCUCUGAGCCUUAGUUUCCUCAUCUGUAAAAUGGACUAAUAAUACCUACCUUCAGGGUGCUGAAUCCGAUAUAAAAUAUGCAAGUUGUCUAGCACAUGGAGACAAUCCAGUAGUGGGAAGCCACUCACCCCUUCACAAAACUCAAGUCCAGGGGCCAUGUAAGAAUUAAUGUACAACCAUAUUAUGUGUAGGAAACCAGAAAUGUGUUCAUUUCUUGUUCCCAAAUAGGAUUAACUGUGAAGACUAAUUUAUAAAUGUGAACUUAAGGAAAACGCAAGCUCUGAAGGAAAUGGUUUGAAUUGUUUUUAUACUCAAGUUAAUCCUCAAAUGGUCUAAGUUGUCAUCCAGUGACUUGGUGACGGUGCAGCCCUCCCGACAGAGCAGGCACCGCCCCUCCGUCUGCGUCCUGGCCUGUCCUGGCCUG